AGUGAAGAUUCGGAUGCUUUCGAGGUGCAGGAGGAGCAACUUGAAGGGGACGACGAUGACGGCUCUGGCUUGGACGACUUUUCGAGCUCUGAGAGAUGGAGUGACGAUGACAUGAUGGGUAGCUACGAUGACGAGGAAGACGAGGGCGACUCCGAUAUUCAGGAUGAAUAUUUGUCACGUCGAAAUUUGGAGAAGGCUCGAAUGGAGAGAUUACGCCGGGAGAAGGAAGAACGUGAAAGGCUCAAACAGAUGGAAGCCGAGCAAAAUCGUAAAACAACUGGCACAUCCAAGAAAGGAAGACCUCGUGAACCACGUUGUGGCGCAGGAGGGAAUAGGCGGCAUUUGUGA